AUGACCGUAGUGAGCCGUGAAAUUCCAGAAUCGACACCCGUCACACCAGUUCAAGAGAGCUCAACAAUAGCUGCUCUAUCCACAACGUUGUCGAACGAAUUCAGUGAAACCUCAGCAACAAAUCUCCUGUCGCAUUCGGAAGGCCAACCCUCAGACUCUCAAUCUUAUGACUCAGAAUCUCAGUAUCUCAGAACCUCAGAAUCUGCUUCAUCGAAUCCACCAUCCGCCGCAUCGUCGGUGCUCCCCAAAAAGUCAUCAUAUCCCAUCGUACCAUCAAUGAUGCCCCCUCGUACUCACCAUCACCCUCAUCACAUCAGUAAACAUUAUCGUCCACGAAUUCAACCCACCAAUCGAACAAGGAGCCAUCUGAAACACCGUCAUCCACUUAAGGCAUCGUCACCUCGAGCUCCCUAUCAGAAACUUGCCACACCAGCUCAGCACAUCAGGACUUUCCCUCGAAUUCCUUAG